AUGCAGGUCUCCAUCAUGACCCUCCUCACCUUGGCCACUGCCACCGAAGCCACCUUCCUCGGUUUUGGCGGUUCUGGUGGCUUUGGCGUCUCUGCCGGCCUUGGAGGCUCUGGUGGCCUUGGAGGCUCCGGUGGCCUUGGCGUCUCUGGUGGCCUUGGCGUCUCGGCCGGCCUUGGGGGAUCUGCCGGCGCAGGAAGCUACAGCUCCUCUGCCGUGAAUACCAACGGCCUCGGCAGCUGUCAAGCUGGCUGCGUUUCUUCCGCCAUGCCAAAGCUAGGCAGUGGCUACUCCGUGGGGUCGACUUCGGUCUCCACUUUCUGCUCCAACCCGAACCUGCAGUCGUGGUUCAACUCUAAUGUCAGCCCCUGCCAGACCGCUUGCACCAAGUCCCAGUCUCAGUCUACUGGCGUCUACCGUCGUACCUUUGGCCUCCUGGGUCUUGGCGGCUUUGGUGGGUUUGGUGUGAGUGGUGGCCUCAACGUGGGUGCGAGCUGGCUCAAACAGACUUGCUCGUCUGGAACCUCUUCCCCGACCACCUCGGAUCAGGGAUAUGGAAAUUCUUCCCCGACCACUCAGGAUCAGGGAUAUGGAAACUCUUCCCCGACUACCCAGGACCAGGGUUACGGGAACAAUGGCAGCGGCUCUUCUAACAAUGAUUCGCCAUCGCCCGUCUCCUCCUCCGCGCCUGUGCCCAACAAUGGCAGCGGCUCUAACAACGAUUCGCCUACGCCAUCGUCAUCUUCCGCACCUGUGCCAAACAACGGCGGUGGCUCUAGCAACGAUUCGCCCGCGCCCUCGUCUUCUACCGUACCUGGGCCGAAUAACGGCGGCGGCUCUAACAACGAUUCGCCCGCGCCCUCGUCUUCUACCGUACCUGUGCCGAACAACGGCGGCGGCUCUAACGACUCGCCUUCGCCCUCAUCCUCUUCUGCACCUGUCCCCAACAAUGGCGGCGGCUCUAACAACGAUUCGCCUUCACCCUCCUCCUCCCCUGCGCCUAUGCCGGACACUUGCGGAGGACCCGUCCCGGCUUCUUCGGUCCUGCCUGCCAGCGCUUCCCCCACUCCCACUCAUGACGACUCGGCUUCGUCGGUUCUCCCUGCUGAAGCUUCGCCCACCCCUACUCAGGACAACAACAACUCUUACUACUGA